GGGCGGGGCGGGGCAGGGCGGUGGUGCGGCCGCGGAGCGCCGGGUGCCGGCAGAGUGCGGGUAAGCGGCGACAGCGAUGCUCAACUGCUGGGAAGUCGCACUGGGUGCCGCCGUCUCCGUCCCCGUCCUCCUUUUCGUGGCAGCGCCCUACAUCAGGAGGUAUGUCGCUGGAGGACGCUGUAAGUCGACAGCAAAGAUGGAGGGGAAGGUGGUGAUAAUCACAGGAGCUAACACAGGCAUCGGGAAAGAGACUGCCAGAGACCUAGCACGGAGAGGUGCGAGGGUGAUCAUUGCUUGCAGAGACAUUGCAAAGGCAGAAGCUGCAGCCAGUGAAAUCCGAGCUGAGACAGGGAACCAGCAAGUCAUUGUGAAAAAGCUGGACUUGGCUGAUACAAAGUCAAUCCGGGAGUUUGCUGAGAAAUUUCUAGCAGAGGAGAAGGAACUCCAUAUUCUCAUUAAUAAUGCUGGGGUAAUGUUAUGCCCUUAUUCCAAGACUGCUGAUGGCUUUGAGAUGCAUAUGGGAGUCAAUCAUCUUGGUCAUUUUCUCUUGACUUUCCUGCUGCUGGAGCGUCUGAAGCAGUCUGCCCCAGCCCGCAUAGUGAACGUGUCCUCCCUGGCUCAUCACGGAGGCCGAAUCCGCUUUCAUGAUCUCCAUGGUGAGAAGAGCUACAACCGUGGCCUCACCUACUGUCACAGCAAAUUGGCUAACGUGCUCUUCACCCGGGAGCUGGCGAGGCGGCUGCAAGGCACUAAAGUGACAGCAAACGCUCUCCAUCCUGGUUCUGUCUAUUCUGACUUGGUCCGGCACUCAUUUGUAAUGACUUGGCUGUGGAAGAUAUUCUCCUUCUUCUUGAAGACACCUUGGGAAGGAGCUCAGACCAGUGUCUACUGUGCAGUAGCUGAGGAACUUGACUCUGUGACAGGACAGUAUUUCAGUGACUGCCAGCCAGCAUACGUAUCUCCUCGUGGCCGGGAUGACGAGACAGCAAGGAAGCUCUGGAGUGUGAGCUGUGAGCUCCUUGGCAUCCAGUGGGACUGAGCAGCACAGACCUUGUGUAUACCUGGCUGAGUCCAGUGAUGCUUCUCUGGGGAAGAGCACUGCUGAGAGACCUCAGGAGUAGAAUGCUGUACUUCAGCUGCCCCAGUGAUGGCUCUGUGGGCAUAACCUACUUUGAAUUUCUGGAAUACUACACUUAAGAAUUGAGAUUUGUAAGCAAUCACUCCUUUUCCUAGCUGGAGAAUUAAAGCACUGAUGCAAGGAGCAACCUUUGCUUGGUAUCUCACACAACAGCCCAAGGCUAUUGUCCUCUGGCUUUAGAAUAGAAAGGGAGGUUGCAGUCUUAGGUUUAGAUUAUGAAAAAAAAAAAAAAAAACUUAAAUAAAGUUUGGUUGUGGUUUUUUUCCUAACAGCAAUAGUAAAAAGGUAGGACUCUAAACUUACGAUCGAAGGUUAUGUUCAGUUCCUACAGUUUGACCUGGCAGAGUGAAAGUACUCUAGGAUAUUAGAUUUUCUGACAAGUAAAUGCAAUACAAAUGCUCUCAAGCACACAGAAACAGGUGUGGGCCUUUCUGUGCCAAGCAAUAGGUAACAUUUUUAAGUGGAAUAAUUUUUCUCUUUAAGUAGCUGGACCCUAGCCACUGAAGUAUCCUGGCCCUAAGUGCCCAUUGAUUGCAGUGAGUUCACUGAGGGUUGGGCAUAUCUUCUGAGAACCCAGGUCUCAGUGCGGGUGGCUGGGAGGUUAAAAGUUGCAGGAGCACUGUAAUUGUGCAUGGCCAAGUUACCUUAUUAAAGAAAUCAACAUCUCUCCUGUAAAACACUGAGCAAAGAUGGUAUAAAAAUUGUCACAGUAAUCCCCCCAGCUGCACUUUAAAGGACUUUAGAACCUAGAAAAGAGAAUGAGU